AUGGCAAAUAUUAAUCAAUUAGUGAAUAAAGCAGAAGAUGUUAUGGAUCAGGUCCUUCGGCAUGGUAAACACAUCCUUCCCCACAUAGCUCGGCUGUUCAUAAUUGGUACAUUCAUAGAGGAUGGCUUUAGGAUGUACGUUCAAUGGGGAGAACAAAGAGACUUUAUGAAUGAUACAUGGGGCUGUGGUUACUAUCUGGCAUCUUUUUUCGUUCUCUACAAUCUGUUCGGCCAGUUAGGCGGAUGUGUCCUGAUACUGAUAAGGAAAUUCGUCGAAAUCGCUUGCAUAGACUUAUUUCUCAUUAUAUUAUUGCAGUCAGUCGCUUACUCUGCACUGUGGGACUUGAAGUUUUUUCUCAAAAAUCUUGCCCUGGCUGGUGGCAUAGUAUUAUUGUGGGCUGAGAGCAAAUCAGAGGGGCACAGUUUAUUUGCAGGCCUGCCAUCAGCCGGCGUCGAUCGCCCUAAAACCUACAUGCAGUUGGGUGGGCGGGUGUUGUUAGUGUGCAUGUGUCUCACACUGCUUAGGUUUGAAUUCGUCUGGCUCCAGGUCGUUCAAAAUGUCGUCGCUAUUGCCUUGGUCUUUUUCAUUGCAGUUGGUUAUAAGACGAAACUAGCUUCCAUGACGUUGGCCGUCUGGUUGAUGGUACUGAACUGUUGGCUGAACGCCUGGUGGAUGCUUCCGUCGACGAGUUACAGCAGAGAUUUCCUAAAAUACGAUUUCUUCCAAACUCUCUCCGUAGUAGGAGGUUUACUUUUAGUUGUCGCCCUCGGCCCCGGGGGCUAUAGCAUGGACGAGCAUAAGAAGAAAUGGUAG